AUGGCAUUUCGCGGAACUCCUCGUGGUGGUCGCGGCGGCGGCUUCGGCGGACGUGGUGGAUUUACUCCUCGUGGAGGACGCGGCGGUGGCUUCGGAGGAGGCUCUUUCGGGCCCCCAGACACUGUCAUCGAAAUGGGCAAAUUCGUUCACGACUGCGAAAACGAGAUGUUCUGCGAAUCGAUAAACACCAAGAUUCCCUACUUCAACGCGCCCAUCUACCUGGAGAACAAGACACCCAUCGGCAAAGUCGACGAAAUCCUCGGCCCGUUGAACCAGGUCUACUUCACCAUCAAGCCUCAAGAGGGCAUACAAGCCAAGUCUUUCAAGGCUGGCGACAAAUUCUACAUUGGAGGCGACAAGCUGCUCCCUCUUGACAGAUUCCUUCCCAAGCCUAAGCCCGUCGGUGGUGUUACGAAACCUAAGAGGGCCGCCGGUGCCGGUCGUGGAGCACCUCGUGGCGCAGCUCGCGGCUUCGGAGGUCGUGGUCGUGGAGCACCCCGAGGACGUGGUGGACCUCCUGGACGUGGCGGCGGUUUCGGUGGCCGUGGAGGAAGUGGAUUCGGCGGUCGCGGCGGCGGCGGUGGUGGGUUCUCAAGAGGUGGACGCGGCGGUGGUGGUUUUGGUGGACGUGGCCGAGGAGGAUACUAA